UAUAGAGACAAUUGAUAAUGAAUCACCCGACACACUCUCCCCAAUCCUCAUCCUGAACUGCUCAAUCAGUCAAUCUCAGUUCUGAAUCGUUUGGCUAUGGCCUCCGCCUCCUCCUUCUCCUCCUCAUACACAAAAUACGAGAUCAGGAAACGAAACCCGAACCCAAAAGCGGCGGCCCUUCUAGUCAUCGACGUGCAGAACUACUUCUCCGCCAUGGCCCGACCCAUCCUUCAAAACCUCCUCACCACCAUCCGCCUCUGCCGACGGGCUUCCAUCCCCGUCAUCUUCACGCGCCACGCCCACAAGUCUCCCUCCGACUACGGCAUGCUGGACGAGUGGUGGAACGGCGAUCUCGUCUACGACGGCACUCCCGAAUCGCAGCUCAUGCCGGAGCUCGACCGGAGGGGACCCGACGAGGACCGCGUGUUCGACAAGAACACGUACAGCGCGUUCAGGAACACGGGCCUCGAGGAAUACCUGAAGGAGAAGGGGGUGGAGGAGGUGAUCGUGACCGGCGUCAUGACCAACCUGUGCUGCGAAACGACGGCGCGUGAAGCGUUCAUAAGGGGGUAUAGAGUGUUUUUCUCCACGGACGCGACUGCGACGUCGGAUCGGGAGCUGCAUGAGGCGACCUUGAAAAACAUGGCUUAUGGGUUUGCCUACUUGGUGGAUUGCAAGAGGCUUGAGGACGGCCUUUUUUCCGGGGACAUAAUCAGAAAUUAACCUUUCGCGGUUGAAUUAGUAAAAGGCCUUAUUGUUUGUGUUGUGCAGUGCAGCUUGUUUUCUCAUGUGUAUUUUGUGGUCAUGGAAUAAUUAGGUACCUAGGUGGUAUCAUACAUUUACUAAUGCAAUAGUUUGUAUUAUUUAUGUUAAAUCAAUCUAGUUGGAUACGGUUUUAGUUAUCA